UCUUCCCACCUCUACCAAUGAACAACCAUCCAAUCUGAGAAUAUGAGCGAAGAACUCGUUCAACACGAAUCUCAUUCUCAGGCAUCGAUAUUUAGCCGUUUUUUCAGAAUGUUCUCUUUUAUCUUCCCAUUGCUGAACGUUAUAAAGCUUAUUAUAGCUUCCGUGACCUCCUUAGUCUGCUUAGCGUUUUCUUGUGUGACACUCGGUGGUUCAGCCGUGGCAUUAAUCGUAUCCACACCACUUUUCAUCAUAUUUAGUCCAAUUCUCGUACCUGCCACUAUUGCCACUACCCUCCUAGCCAGUGGGCUCAUGGCGGGUACCACCCUCGGACUGACCGGCAUAGGUCUCAUCACGGGGCUCGUUAGGACGGCAGGAGGAGUUACAUUGGCCGAAUCACCGAUAAGAAGAAUUAUAAUAAAUAGAAUUAAAGCAAGACUUGGGGGUGGCGGCGGUUCACGUCUGGCAAUGCUCAAAAAAAUUCUGGGACUCAUUAAAAAGUUGCGUGGUAUGUCUUCAGGUGGAGCAGCACCUGCGGCUGAAGCAGCACCAGCAGCUGCGCCCGCGGAUGGAGCUGCACCCGCAGCUGCACCUGCACCGACCUAACAAAGAACGUUGGUUCAUGCUGUUCCAAUAUGUAGCACAUAAAAAUUGUGUAAUAAUUAACUUAAGAAUUUAUGAUUCGGAAACUAAAAAGAAAAUAGCCUUUUUACUAUCUUUUAUACAAUAUAGUUUUCUAUGUAAUAAUGUUUAAUUUGCUUAUAACUAUAAAAGACUCAUGCAUAGUUGAUUAGGAAAAUAAUGUUAACUAUGCAUUGUCCCUGCGCUACAUAGAUUUUAAACUAGUAUAAUAAAGUUUGUAAUAAUUUAUACUUAAAGAUGCAAAUUCAUCA